AUGAAUUUAAAAGAGCCGAGACGUAAAAGACGAGUUUAUCAGCAGCAAUAUCCUCCUUUGCCAGUUUGUAUUGGUAAAAAAAAAGAUCAAUGGAUUAUUUACACAGCUCAUCUAGGAGUUGCUAAUGCUUGUAUUUCUGAUCCCCAAGAAAUGAAAGCUGUUCAUAAUAUGUCAGUGCCAAAAUUUAACGUCAGACGUUUUGGAGCACCACCGAUAGCACGGGAACGUCAGUGGAGACGUCGCAAAGAAUGGCUAGAAGAAGUAAAGCAACUGUCGACAUUCCCGUUGAAUAUCAAAAAAGAAAACGAGGAAAAUUCCAAGGAAGAAUUUAUCCAUUUAGACAGUGACACAAAUGAAAUAGAAUCGCUGCAAGAAAAUAAGCCGAUGGAAGUAUCCACCGACCAGGAUGAUGAUCUUGAAUUAAUUGAAUCAAAAAUUCCUACUCCUGAGAUAGAUGAAGUUGUUUUGGAUUCUACUGAAGAGGAGGAAGUUUGUGAAAUAAUAAACAAGACUGAGCGAACCCGCAAUGACUCUCAGGAUGAGAUCUGUGUUCUCAAUGAUCUUCAGAGUCAAAAUGAUUUUUCACCCAGUCCGACGGACGAAAUUGGAGAGGUCGAUGCUGAUAAAACGCUGGUCCUGCCAGACAGUGACUCGGAUACGGAAAAUUAUUUGAAUAAUGUAAAUCCUCGGGUUGAAACAGGCGGAUUUCCUCUAGCUGAAACUCUUCUGCUGACUUUCGAGGAAUCUUUUUUCCUUAUGUUCGGACUAGGGUGUUUGCAAUUAAUGGAUUAUCAAGACAAGAUCAUUUCUAUCGCCGACGCAUGGACACACUUUAAUCAGGAUAAAUUAUUCUUGCCUCGCUACAUUGUUUAUCAUUACUUUCGGAGCAAAGGAUGGAUUGUCAAGUCUGGAUUAAAAUACGGUUCUGAUUUUAUGUUAUAUAAACAAGGACCACCAUACUAUCAUGCAUCAUACCUGGUAGUUGUUGAAACCGUAGAUGCAGAUACGUUGAUACGUGACGACAGUAGAUGUACCCGUAAAAUGGAUUGGAAAAAUUUGUAUGAAUUAAAUCGACUGUGCGAAGUGACUGCUAAGGAAUUAUUAGUCGCGCAAGUGUUGUGGCCAUCGUCAGUCUCACUAACUAAUCCAGUACCUUUGGAGUCACUGUCGGAAUUUACAGUCCGUGAAUUGCUUUGGAGAAGAUGGAAAAUGAAUGAAAAAGACGAAUCGGCCACCAAUGACGAGAGCAGCGAUGAUUCGUCGUGA